CUCACGAACUCCUCCGUGCCAAUCUCAAUCGAUCGGAAGGCCGAGGGCGUUGCAGGUCCAGAGGACUCAAGAGUAAUUCAGGAUGAUUUGAAGAAAUACCUCCCGUCAACUGGUGCCAAUCCGGUGAAUACGGAUUCCCCGCUUCUUCUGUUCAAACUAUCGAUAGCCAACACGGAAACAGCCAUUGGUGUCUCCUGGCAUCAUACACUGGGCGAUGCAACAGUGUUGCUUCAGUUCAUGCUGAUUUUGUCUCGGACAUACCAUGAACUUCGUGGCGACCUAGAGUCCAUACCGACAUUCACCAAGUAUCACUUCUUGAGCCCUCCUCAAGACGUGGUAGAGCAAUACCUUCCUCUGAUGUCGCAUCUCUCCCGGACGUACGAACUCGCAGCGCUUGCUGCCCGGUACGCCGAAAUGAACGUCAAUAUCUGUCGCGUCGAUGCUCGCAUCAACGAAGAGAAACUAGGACACCUGCGGGAUAAAUUUGUCGAAGCGGCAGGCGGAACCGUCAAUCUCUCCAGACAGGACUGCUUAUCGGCCUAUAUUGCGAAUGUUUUAGGUCGGUGCUUGGGGAUUGCCGAUUCGCACCAUUACAAAUGCCGCCAGUGUACGUACUCGUCCCGAUUGAUCACCCAUCACAUGGAAACCAGCAUUCGCAGUAUAGAAACCUUCCGGUCGCAUGCGUCGAGGAAGCCGUUGCAGGCAACGCAAUAUACAUCGUACGUGACCUGUGUCUUCAGAUAG